GGAUUCAUCGACACAACUCUGUUUUUUUCUCUCUUCUCUCCUCCUCUCUCUCUGAAUAUCGGCGAGCAAAAUGACGACGUCGUUCGGAACAACGGCGACGGCGACGGCGACACCGGCGGCAUCUGCUUCACCGGCAGGAUUUCCGGUCAAAAAUGCCCCGAAAUCCUUGACUUUAUUACCUUUCUGCCAUCAUCGCCAUUACAAUCAUUUACGUUCCAAAUUAUCUAUCACGCCCAAACUCCGACUCUCCUGUAAGGGUCUACAAUCUAGUUGGAAUCAUUCAGCUGUAACAAGAGCCCAAUCGAACGAGGUUGCUCUUGGUGGAUCUUCAAAUAAUUCAGCUACUCCUAUCACCCAGUCAGAAGAGGUGAAAUCACCAAGUGAGACUUCAUCUGCAACUUCGGUAUCAGAGGAAGCAAUAGCUAACUUUAUUAGCCAAGUUUCAAGCCUUGUCAAGCUAGUUGAUUCUAGGGAUAUUGUGGAGCUGCAGUUAAAACAACUUGAUUGUGAAAUUCUAAUCCGUAAGAAGGAGGCACUACCACAACCACCUGCUCCUGCUCCUGCUCCUGCACAAGCUCCAUUUAUACAAUCAUAUCAUGUACCAUCUAUACAAUCUAAUGCACCUCCUCCACCUGCACCUGCACCUGCACCUGCUCCAAUUCAAGCCCCUGCACCUUCUCCAGCUGCAGCAAAGUCAGCUGAUUUAUCUCUUCCACCGCUCAAAUCCCCAAUGGCAGGGACAUUCUAUAGAAGUCCAGCACCCAGUGAACCAGCAUUUGUGAAGGUCGGAGACAAAGUGCAGAAGGGUCAAGUUCUUUGCAUUAUUGAAGCGAUGAAGUUGAUGAACGAAAUAGAGGCUGAUCGGUCAGGAACCAUCGUUGAGGUUGUUGCUGAAGAUGGAAAACCUGUCAGUGUUGAUACUCCUCUGUUUGUCAUCAAACCAUAGAACUGUUCGAGUAAGACCCAGGAAACAAUAUGCAGAGGAACUUGGCAGGUGUUUGUUUACCUUCGGCUUAUGAUAUUUUGCAGUAUUUCAGUUUCAGUGAGUAUGUUUGCAAUGACUGGUAGUGUGAUGGAAUAGACGAUUCUUGCUAAAACUCAUUAGGAGAGUUUAGUGUUUAAUCUGAGGUAUUCUUUGGCAUUUUAUUGUGGAUUCUAGCUU